CCCAAAAUCAAACGUCGUGCAUCCGAUUCUCUUGCCAAAUGUUCGCUUUCGUAUUCUCCCAAAAACUUCAUAUCGCCUUUCCGUAAACCACUUUUUGAAAUUCAGAGGGUCUCCGCACAUGAUCACGAGGCGUUAAUAACUUCUAUACUGGUUAGACCGUUCAAAGUUCCUAUUCCAAACUACCAAGCUAGUGGGUAUGAGACUAAGGCCCUUGGAGUCAAAAGAUCAGGUGCGCGAGUGGCUCUUCACGAUCCAUUUGAGCCGGAUGCUCUGGUAUUGUACACUCCUCCGGUCAUGAAUGCUCACGAAGCCCUGAAAACCGAAGUAGACAAACAACUCGUUCACGUUGUUGUUGAUCCAGUUUUAACAAAAGUCUUGCGUCCACAUCAACGUGAGGGAGUUAAAUUCAUGUACGAUUGCGUCACAGGCGUGCAGAUCCCAGGAAACUACGGUUGCAUAAUGGCCGAUGAGAUGGGCCUGGGCAAGACUUUGCAGUGCAUCACAUUAAUUUGGACAUUACUGCGCCAAAGUCCUGAGGCCAAACCCACUGUUGAUAAGGCCGUAAUUGUAACCCCCAGCAGUUUGGUGAAGAACUGGUACAACGAAAUCAACAAGUGGUUGGGAUUGAAAGUUCGACCUCUUGCCAUUGACUCGGGCUCCAAGGAUGACAUUGACCGCAACCUCGGUAGGCAUUUUUCAUCAUCGAAUCUUAACAAAAAUUAG